AUGGUGUUCAGAGACCAAGGAAACAGCGGUGGUCACUGGUCCAACAGUCAUUCCAAGGCCAGCCAUCCUGGACUCAAGCUUGGGUCUCAGUCCCAUACACAGAAGGAGGGCGCAGUGGUCAUGUCCGGUUUUGCGGAGGAGGAGAGAUUGGCCCAGGACCAGCACCAGUGGAAUAUCGUCAAUGGAGAGUAA